AUGGUAAUGGCUUCGAAAGAGAUGUGCAGCGUCAGUGAGAACUUUCUAACAUGCCAUAUAUGUCUGGGAGAAUAUAAAGACCCGAGAGUGCUCCCCUGUUACCACAUGUUCUGUCUGGAAUGCAUUGCAGACCAUGCAGCCAAGAAUGGUGUCCAGAAUAAGUUGUCCUGUCCCGUGUGCCGCCAAGAGGCCCCCGUACCACCAGGUGGAUUAGAAAAUCUCUUGAAAAACUUCUUCUUAAGAAAAGUAACAGACUGCGUGAAAGAUCAGAAAGCGCCAGAGGGGAGACUUUAUGUUGUGAAGGUUCAACGGGAGUUGAUACAAGAAAAACUGAGAUGUAUUCCGAAUGCGAAACUGUCUCGUUUUGAAAAGUUGGAGAAAGCCAUUGUAAGAACGGUAAAGAGGCUGACAGAGAAUCAGACAAAGACUCUUCGUUUGGUGGCUUUUCAAAGAUUAUUUAUGACAAAGGAGAUAAAUGAAAACAGUAAAACUAUUAAAAGAGAACUCAGCGAUUAUUACCAGCAAGUAGAGAAAGAUCUACAUAAACAGGCGGACGCGUAUCUGGACGAUGUCAAACAACAUUUGGAAACGUAUCGAACGAAAGUACAGUCUGAUUACACCAAAAUGAAAAGAUCUCUUAAUGAUAAAAGCAACACACUGUAUGUAGAAGUUAAGGCACAUACGUCCACGCAGAUGAAGACUUUAGAAGCUGAAAAGGACAAGCAAGAAAUGAACAAGACUUCCAUUCAGAGCACUCUUGAUUUCGCUCAGCAGCUCACAGACACCGGUUCUGACGUCGAGGUCGUGACCCACUCCAAAAAAAUCCAAGUAAGCAUUCAGGCGUUACAGAAAUUAGAACCUGUCUUUGAUACAAAGAUAACCGACAUAAUAUUUACACCAGGGCAAGCAGAAAUGGACCUUGUUCUACAGUUCCCUAAAAUUCCUGAAGCUCGGCCGCUGUGCAUCAAAACAGGGUCCCUUACGGCCAAAACAUACCGGGGUCCCUUGGAUGCGCAUUUUGGAAGUUUAAAACACGAGAGAGCGAUGGUUUUUCAGAAAGUUGCAUGGCUUGAUAAGCCGGAGCGGAAUACUUGUUUGAACGUAAAGGAUUGGCUGCGUGAUAUCCAGUGCAUAGAUGACUGGUGUGUUUUAGUUGUAGGGUCUAGUGAUACAGUGUCCGUAUUCUCCAGCACAGGUCAAUGUAAUCGUAAGAUCUGUAUAGAGGGAGGGGCGAGUAAAGGUUCACUGCGCUGUGCAUACCAUCACGGAAUCAAUGCAAUUAUAGUCAGCGACUGCAAGGCCGACUCUGUGUAUGCAGUGACACCCCAGGGAGACGUCAUGUUCCAGUACGGAGCACGAGGUCAGAGUGGAAGUGGAGGCGGACAACUGUAUGAUCCACGAGGAGUGUGUGUAGAUAACUUUGGACAUAUAUUCAUAGCUGACCGUGAUAAUGACAGGGUGGUUGUCCUUGGUCUAGACGGAACAUUUUUACGCAGCAUUUUAUCAAGCAGCGACAACAUUGAGCUUCCUUUGUCCGUCUCUAUCGACAGUAACGGGGGGCUUGUUGUUGGAUCCGUCAGAGGAAAAAUAUCCACGUAUAAGUAUAUCGCUUAG